UGUGUUUCUGCCGUUCUACGGGCGGAUUCUCUAUUCGUUUCGCCUGCUUCUUUCGCGGUUCGUCUUGCGACUGAUACCAUAGAAGGGGGCCCUUUUGAUUUUGAAGCUAUCGUGACGGCGCAUGUCUCUGUCUUUACCACUACUUUAUUUUUCUGCCUACUAGCUUCUGGGUUUAGCUUGGUCUUCAUGUUUCCAUGUCAAUGCAACGAACAGUCAUGACCUAUGAGCCGCCUUUUCUUCAUGCGGACAGUUUCCUAUUUUCUUCCAAAGUGCUUGAUGCAACCAACCUAUAUUUUUUGUCACGGCUCGGCUUUUCCUGGCCCACCUUCUACGGCCAUAACCUGCCUCUCUGCUUGAUUUCUGUUGAUUUCUACAGAAUCCGACUUCUUUUCUAUUCAUUCUGUCUUUCUCUUCUUUUAUACCGCCAUUGUGGAGUUUCUUUUGUUAUGGUGAUUCUAUCUCAAGAUCGGUUGGACCGUCGUUCUUUCACCUCAGCUAGGGUCUUAGCGAGUUUUUUUCAGAUGGAUUUUGAUCUAUCCAGCUCAAAUCCUUGUCUUAUGCUUGGGGAAAUUUUACUUAUCCGUCGGUUGUUCUUGAUGGAAUGGUCGCGAAACUGAGGAUUGUAUCAUUACCAUCGUGAGACCGGAGGACAGGGCGUGUGGUUACUGGGAU